AUAAAUUCAAUUUAUAUGUACAAAUCACUCAUCUUCAUCAGUUUACUAUUACUAGCAGAAGCAAGGCAUAUUAAAACAAAGGUGGUUAUAUUAGGUGCAGGUGCAGCCGGUAUCUCGGCCGCUAAAACCCUGACCGAUUUAAAGUUGAACGAUUUCAUUAUUUUGGAUGCACAAUCCUUUGUUGGAGGCAGAGUUCAACAUGAACAAUUCGGAAAUAGCAAGGUUGAAUUAGGCGCAAAUUGGAUUUAUGGUAAAGGCCAAAAUCCAAUCUAUAGGCUGGCUUUACAACACGGCUUGAAAACUGUGCCCAACGACAAAACCAAUUUAGCUUUUUUUGAUGAUGAGCAAGGCAAAUUAAAAGACCAGCAUCAAGGGACGUUUGUUUACGAUGAAUUUGAAUCAAUUAAAAUAAAAUUGGUGAAUUAUGCAGAGCAAAGGAUGAAGCGACAACAGGUCGAUUUAUCAAGCCGAUCGGCCCUCAGUUUGCUUGGAUGGAAACCAAAUACUCCUUUAAAAGCUGCUAUCGAAUACUUUAAUAUUGAUUGGGAGUUCUCUGAGCCUGCAGAAAUGUGUUCUUUGGAAUAUGCUACGGGAACGGGGGAUACAGUGACCGGAACAUAUCCAUUUGGUAAUGAAUUUGUGGUAGACAAUAGAGGAUUCAAUCACAUUAUAAAAGAAGAAAGCAAGAUAUUUUUGGACUUAGACGACCCUCGUCUCAUGCUUAACACGCUGGUUACAAAGGUCAUUUACAAUGACCAUAAUGUGACAGUAUUUACCGCUAACGGAGAUACAAUAGAAGCCGAAUAUGCAAUCUGCACAUUUUCGCUUGGUGUAUUACAAAGUGACGCGGUUACAUUUGAACCUACUUUUCCAGAAUGGAAACGUGAAGCAUUAUUAAAUUUUUUAAGAUUCAAGACAAAAUUUUGGGCAGAUUGGCAGUUUGCGCUUUAUGCCAAUAAUGUGACACAACAUGGCGGUUAUUAUACCGUGUGGCAAAACUUGAAUGCACCAGGUUAUUUGUUCCAACAACAACAAACAGCAUCAGCAGCAUCAGCGUCAGCAUCAACAGCAACAGAAGCAGAAGCAGAAGCAACAGAUAAUAUAUUAAUGGUAACGACCACAGAUAUGGAAUCACAACGCAUUGAGCGAAUGACAAACACUCAAGUUUUAAAAGAAAUCAUGCAUGUACUUCACAACAUGUUUGGCAAAGUAGAGGAACCGACAGACAUCCUAAUUCCUCGAUGGCAUCAACAUCCUUUAUUUCGGGGAUCUUACUCAAAUUGGCCUAUUGGUGCACUGAAGAAGCAUCACCUGAAUAUGCGUGCCCCAUUGAAAAAUACUCUGUGGUUUGCAGGUGAGGCCAUGUCUGCUGAUUAUUAUGGCUUUUUACAUGGUGCUUGGUUCGAAGGAAAAUCUGUUGCGACCACCAUCGUCGCUUGUUUGGCAAACAUCUCUUAUUGUCACCGCCCUGAAUCAUAUCAAUACGUCACUGGUUGUGAUGAAAAGCCUUCCUUCAAUCGCCAAUUUUUCACCUAAUAGAUUUUUUCUCUUUAGAUAAAUAAUAAAACACUAUUCUUACAUUUUA